AUGGUUUUGCGUUCUAUCGAUUGGCUGGAAAACUUUCCAUGGAGAAAUGAAACAACAAUAAAAAAAGAUAAAGAUAAGUAUCGUAUUUGUUUACAUGCUAAGGAUUUUUCUCCAGAUGAUAUUACUGUCAAAACAGCGGAUGGAUUUAUUGUUGUGGAAGGCAAGCAUGAAGAGAAAAAGGAUGAAGAUGGUUACAUUACGAGACAUUUUGUAAGGAGGUACGCAUUACCGGAGGGUUGUCGACCAGAGUCCGUGGAAUCCAGAUUGUCUUCGGAUGGAAUUCUUACGAUCACUGCGCCUAGGAAACCGGUCGUUCGUCGCGACACAGUCAUACCAGUUUCACACGAAGGCAGUGUUAAAUCCAAAUUGUAA